CCGAACCCAGCCGCCGCCCGCCGCCGCCGGCGAUGUUGCGCCGCCUGCUGCCUCUCCCCCGGCGCUGCUACUCCGCCUCGGCGACCUCGAGCGGCGCCGCGCCGACGCUCUACUCCGGCGGCGACCACCCCGUGUCGCUGCUCUCCUGGGGCCGCGGCGCGUCGGGCCAGCUCGGCGGCGGCAAGGAGGAGCGCCGCCUCUACCCGGCGCCGGUCGCGCGGCUCCUCCUCCCCGUCCCGUCCCCGGUGCUCCCGCCCACCCCCGGGCGGCUUCCCCCCGCUGCGGGGACGGAGGCGGCCGGCGGCGUGGAGGUGGGGAUCUCCUGCGGGCUUUUCCACUCCGCGCUCCUCGUGGACGGCGCCGCCUGGGUGUGGGGCAAGGGCGACGGCGGCCGCCUCGGGCUCGGCGACGAGGCCUCCGCCUUCGUGCCCCGCGCAAACCCCAACCUCGCCGGCCUCCGCGUCCUCGCGCUCGGCGGCAUCCACUCCGCCGCCCUCACCGCCCCCGGCGACGUCUUCACCUGGGGUUAUGGUGGAUUUGGAGCUCUGGGGCACUACGUUUACCAUAGAGAGCUGUUGCCGAGGAAAGUGAACGGCCCUUGGGAAGGGAAGAUUGCACACAUUGCCACGAGUGGAGCGCAUACCGCGGCGAUCACAGAAUCAGGUGAACUAUACACUUGGGGUCGUGAUGAAGGCGAUGGAAGGUUAGGGCUUGGGAGUGGGGGUGGUCCAGGUGAAGCCGGCUCUCUCAGUGUUCCUUCCAAGGUGAGCGCGCUGCCUGUACCAGUUGCUGCGGUUGCUUGUGGUGGCUUCUUCACACUUGCGCUGACCUCGGAUGGGCAGCUAUGGAGUUGGGGAGCAAACUCAAACUUCGAACUUGGCAGAGGAAGCAAUUCCAGUGACUGGAGGCCACAAAUUGUCCCUAGCCUGAAAAAUGUCCAUGUAAUCCAAGUAGCAUGUGGUGGAUACCAUUCUUUAGCCUUGACUGAUGAAGGUGAAGUUCUCUCAUGGGGACAUGGCGGACAUGGCCAACUAGGGCAUCCAACCAUUCAAAAUCAUAGAAUUCCACUUGCCAUUAAAGCUCUGUCUGAGGAGCGAAUUGUCUACAUAGCCUGUGGGGGAUCAACUUCUGCUGCUAUAUCAGAGAAAGGUGACCUGUACAUGUGGGGAAAUGCAAGAGACUGCCAGCUAGGCGUUCCCGAUCUUCCAGAAGUGCAACCAUUACCUGUUAAAGUUAAUUUUCUUGCUGACGGUGAUGAGGAUCCAAGCCCUCCUCAUGUCAUCUCGGUUGCAAUAGGCGCUUCCCAUGCCAUGUGCUUGGUCUCCAGGCAACAGAUUCAGAAAUAGCAGCUGUUGCUUAUCAGCUUUGUAAAUUCAGUCAAAUUUGGACCUCCUAACCUGUGAGUACGCCAUGGAGAGGAUCAUGUUCUCUACUGGUUAGAGCCUGCCUUCUCAGUUGGCGAAAACUCCUGCUCGGUGAAGCCCAACUUCAAGAAGAAACAAUAAUAUUACAGGCAUGCCAUACUUCCUUGAAUUUGAACACUGGAAGUUCUGUUAAUUAGCGAUAGAUUUGUUUCUUGAUUUCUCGAGUGAUGUGAAACGAGAGAUAAAACCGACCAUGUACCUUCUUGAUUUCAGAUUCAUAGAUCCUUUUCUGUAGUUGGCAAGAUGAACAAAAUUCUGUAGCAUGCUGAUUUUAUUGCUGGCUUGCACUUGGCACCCAGUUCAAUAAAUUAAUUGAGCAAUGCUUGCGCAUUUGCUUCCUCGGUCA